AUGGCUGAUGCCUAUGUGGCUCUCUUCAGAAAUAAACUGGGAAUAUUGUCUCAAGCUGGAGCAUAUCGACGAAGUCAUUCAUAUUCCGAGGGGUCUAGAAGACCUGCAAGUCCAUCUCGUGGCAAUUUACAUCUUUGCUUUCAUUGCUUACGCAAGUCUCGAGGUUUCGGUGUGGGGGCGGUUGAACUCCUGAUUUCGGUUCUGGUCCCUUUGUACCCUGUGGUACAGUUCAUCCAUCAUCUCAUCAGCACUAUCCCAUACGUCGCAGCAGGUGAACCCUUCGAAUGGGACUUUCUUCUGGCGGGCGUUUGUGGAUGGCAUACCUAUGCUCAAAUACACAAUCUUGAUGGGACAAUAAGACACUUCCGGGCCUGGAUCCUGGAUUUAUAUCCUAAUGAACUCGAGAUGCUUCCGAUAUCGGUCACCAGAGAUACUCGAUAUUUCGCACGACUCGCGGCUAUACUAUCAAAUCUUACGCUGCUACUUUUCACUACUACGAUGUAUCUCCAUCGUCUACAUUAUACCUUCAGACGUGCUACAUACUGCGCCGCAACGGGGUGGAAUCACAGGUCUGGAUGGGUUGCCCUUGCUGCUUUGGUGCCCGUUCUUCAGUCAUUGGCUUUGCAUAUCUCCAAUGUGAAAUGGGGCUUACGGCCGAAUUUAGUCCAUGAUGAGGUCAGAACAUACGACUUGAACUUCCGCCUUGCUCUGGACACCAUGGCGGCCGCUGUCAUACAGGAGCUGUUGAUAAUGCUCACGGGAAGUUUCACGUCCAUCACUCUCAUCAUUCGCCACUUCUUGACACAGGAAAACCGUCGAUAUCUCUUGACAGCAUUGUUGCUGUUUGGGAGUGUUGGCAUCGUCCUCUUACGACCGUUAGCCUUGACGUUGAACAACCCGAACCACUGGAUCCGCAAGUCUGUCUCCUGGUUGAUGUUGAUUGGUGCAACAGCCUAUGCAGUACUGGUUUUCGUGCUUCAGAUCGUGGUCGAUAUGGAAGAAUAUGCAGAUCUGAGGCUCAACUUUGUCUUACCGUGGAACUAUCGUUGGCAAGUUCCUUGCCCAGCAGGACUUCGUUGGUGGGGAUUGUGA